AUGCAUUGUUUCUUUGUCUCAUGGGGCAAACCGAGUGAACCGCCUCUCUCUCCUGAGGAGGAGGCUAAGUUCGAGGCUACGGAUUGCUUGUUCCGUGGAGCAUUGAUCAGUGUGCUCGCCGAUAAUAUUGUGGAUGUGUAUAUGCACAUACCUUUAGGGAAGGACAUGUGGGAUGCUCUUGAGGUCAAGUUCGGGGUUUCCGACGCCGGCAGCGAGCUGUAUGUCAUGGAGCAGUUCUAUGACUACAAGAUGGUCGAUUACCGUUCUGUAGUGGAACAGGCUUAUGAGAUUCAGAUGCUGAGGCAAAAGUUCAGUGUUACUGAUCUCAUUGGCUCUUUGGGUAUUGAGGAGAAGGUGAGGGCAAAGGACAACCAGGGCAAAAAGAUCGAGGGAGGUUCUAGCGCUAAUUUGGUGCAGAAGAAGAACACUCACGCAUCCCACAACAACAACAAGAAAGUCAAACCUGACAUCAAAUCCAAGGCUACAACCAAUUUUAAGAAGAAAGGCAAAGGAAAGGCAAAAGGAGAUUGCUUUGUGUGUGGCAAGCCUGGGCAUUGGGCCAAGGAUUGUCCUGAGCGCAAGGACAAGAAGUCUGCAAACAUGGUUAUUAGUGAGGGCGGAGGAACAUUGUGCACUUCUAGUCAAGAACCUAUUUUAUCCCCUGAGCACUUUAUGCCGAUAGAACACAUUGAUCAAACGCUUGAGGAAAAUCCUGAGGAGGAUAACAUUGUGGCAACUCGAAAGAGUAAGAGACAAAGGACUGCAAAGUCUUUUGGAGAUGACUAUAUUGUAUAUCUUGUGGAUGAUACUCCAAGAACCAUUGAAGAGGCAUAUUCAUCUCCUGAUGUGACUAUUGGAAAGGAAAGAAGCGCACGCAACAACAUGAUGAUGCCGCUCGUUGCCCUCCUCCUGAUCUCUUCCCCAAAGCUGUUGGCAGCCCAACAGCAGCUACCCUUCUGCAGCAGCAGCAGCAGCAACGCGAACACCCUCGCCUACAUGGCAGAGGGCACCUACAAGACCAACCUGCUCAACCUCGCCAAAGACCUGAUCGCCAAUGUCACCAAGACGGGGUCGCACUCGGCCGCCGGCGCCACGGCUGGGACGACAGGUCCCGACAUCGUCUACGGCGCCGUACUCUGCCGGGGAGACUCCACCAACUGCAGCAGCCGCUUACAGAGAGUGCUCGACACAGCCAGCAUCAGUAAUAAUGGAUCUACCAGUAGUGAGAGUGACUCCCAGUCCCAGUCGCACAAGAGUACUGUAACCUUGUACGACCAUGAGUUCCAGGCGCUGCUAAGCUUCUCUGACACGGACUUCAUCUCCAGCUUCAGCAACGCGCCGGCGUGCAUAGUGAGCAAUUACCUGAACCCUGCUGUCCCUCAGAGGGAUGCUGAUCGCACGCGGUUCAGCGAGCUUUUCUCUGAGCUCAUGGAGAGGAUCUCCGACGCCAUGGUGAGUAGUCGGGCCAGCUACUUGACGGGCAAGGGGAAGGGGUGGUUCGACGGCCAGGAGAGUCAGCCAGUAGUAUACGGGCUGGCGCAGUGCAUGGACGGCAUGCCGCCGGAGCGUUGCCGGAGUUGCCUGGGCGGCAUCACCGACCAAGGGAAGGAGAUGGUCAGCAAUGGCCUGACGGAAGGCAUGGUGCUCGGGGUGCGCUGCAGUCUGUGGUACCACUACCAGACGGACGGAGAAUUCUUCGCCGGCGAGCCAGGGGUGUUAGCGUUCCUAAACAUGCCUUCUUCUAGAGACGAAAGCAAGUUCGGGCUCUGGGCUACAAUUGGAUCGUUCUUCCUCAUGGUAUCAUUUUCAUGUUUCUUUGUGUAUAUUUGGAUCAAACAGGAGAGAAAAAGAGAAGCAAGAUUUAAACUACGACUGAUAUCGAUGGCAAUACAAAAUGUGAUAAAUCUUUGGAGGAUUGAAGAAGGCAACUCAGGAUUUUCAUUGUAUAAUUUCUCUCAGAUAAAAGAAGCUACACAAGACUUCUCAAGGGAAAACAAAAUUGGGCAAGGUGGUUUUGGAUCUGUUUAUAAGGGCCUAUUACCUGGUGGUCUUGAAGUAGCAGUUAAAAGACUUUCAGCAUGUUCUGUACAAGGUUUAUUAGAGUUCAAAAACGAAAUUCAGCUGAUAGCAAGACUUCAACACAAAAACCUUGUUAAGUUGCUUGGCUGUUGUAUCGAGGGAGAACAGGAAAAGAUGCUCGUCUAUGAAUACUUGCAAAACAAAAGCCUGGACGUCUUCAUAUUUGAUUUUGUGAAAGGAGCACAAUUAACCUGGUCAAAGCGUCUACAUAUAAUUGAUGGGAUAGCUCAAGGGAUUCUAUAUCUUCACAAUUAUUCACGAUUAUGUGUUGUUCAUAGGGAUUUAAAAGCAAGUAACAUUCUCUUGGAUAGCGAUAUGACUCCAAAAAUUUCCGAUUUCGGGAUGGCCAGAAUAUUCUAUUCAAAUACAAUUGAAUCAAAUACCACGAGAAUAGUAGGCACGCUUGGCUACAUAUCUCCUGAGUAUAUUUUUGAUGGGGUUUGCUCGAUCAAGUCGGACGUCUUCAGUUUUGGCGUCUUGGUCUUGGAAAUCAUAAGUGGAAAGAGGACUUCUGGAUUCUAUCCUUACGAUGGCAAACUAUACAAUCUCAUUUCAUACGCUUGGCUACUUUGGAGAUCUGGACAGGGGCAUGAGCUGAUCUGUUGCUGUAUAGAAAACAAUCAUGAAUCGAUACAAAGGUGCAUUCAGGUGGCACUUUUAUGUGUUCAGGAGAGGGCAGAUGACAGGCCUUGUAUCGACCAGGUGGUCACUAUGCUAAACAGCGAGGGAAUGACCUUGCCCGGACCAAAUCAGCCAGCCUACUUCUAUGUCCGCUCUAGUGGCAGCUCAGAUGUUUUAUCAUGUGACAGCAAUAUAAGCAUCACAUUAGAAAGAUAGAUUAAUUGUCAUCAUCUCCAUUCAAUACAGAAUGAUAUCCAAAACUAUGCUGUAUACACUAUCUUUUUGUCUUCCUUCCGGAGUUUAAUCGAAUUGUGUUCAGAACUUAAUUAUUUUUUUUCUAUUUAAUAAUGUAAAUUAGUGUGACAAAACAUUGU